AUGGGGCUUAAAGUAAUACUAGAAGGAUCUAAACUGCCUGUUUGUGUGAUCUACCGAGUAUUGACAGGACAAAAGAAGGAAGAAUCGGCUGGUGAUGAUUGGAUGUGCAGGGAUGCUGUUUGGACUGACGAAUGCCCCCAGUACUUUCAUAAGGGUGAUGACACAGAUUUUGUGACCCUAAACAUGUUUGGCAUGGUCUAUUUCGACGACAUUCUUGUGUACAGCCGUGAUUAUCCUGCCCACUUAGACCACCUCCGCCAAGUAUUACAAGUUCUUCGCUUCGAAAGUUUUUUGAUACAUCUAAAGAAGUUCACCUUCACAAAGAAUUAUGUGGUGUUUCUCGGAUUUAUCAUCUCUGAUCAAAGGGUUUUCAUUGAUCCCUCAAAGUAUCAUGGCUCCGAUUAUCAAGUUCACCAAAAAGGGGAUUUUUUUUAUGGUCCCUGGCUGCGAAACGAGCAUUCCAAACCAUCAAACAACACCUCACCGAGACCCCUGUUAUGCGGCUACGAAAUUUCAAACAACCCUUCGAAGUUGCUUGCGAUGCGUCCCACACAGGUAUUGGUGGAGUACUUUGUCAACAGGGUCAUCUCAUCACCUUCUUGCAAGAAGCUCAAUGAAGCUCGACGCUACUACUCGGCCUAUGACCUCGAGUUUUAUGCACUCGUACAAUCACUGCUCCAUUGGAGACAUUACCUCAUACAUAGAGAAUUUAUCCUCUACACAGAUGAUGAUUCCUUUUGA